GCUUCCGCUCCAUAAUUUUAGUGUUUGACAGCUACACACCACGUUUGUCAUGAAAUUCACACUUCAGCUGCACAUAUUCCGGGAAGACGUGCUCCCGAAGAACAAUACACACACACACACACCCUUUGUCAAUGCGGCUCCUUGCCGCUGGAAAUUGAUCAGUAGAAGUACUGCUGUAGCCUAUCAUUAACCAACGGUGACAUUCACUAAGCUGCGCGCUCAGACUGGCAGGUUGCUGUACUAGCACUAUGGAGGACAACCCCAAGGAUGAUAGCGCCACGAAGGGACAGGAAUCGAUUUCCUACCAACGAAGGAUGUGGAAGAAUUUCCAAGACAAAACCAAACCGUUUUUGAGCCCCAAAUUGGGCUCUGGGCGUCGCAGUCCCGACAGUAAAAAGGAGACCGGGUUAUGGAUGUUUAAAAGAAAAAAGAAAGAGCUAGACCGUUUCUUUUCGUCCUCACAGCCCAAUCUCUGCUGCUCUACCCCGGCGCCUUUCCUGGCUGACCAGUCCCUUGGUGGUACAGCGCCUGGGAGCAGCAGCACCGGGCAACCUCUGCAUCAGCUACUGGGGGCCGAUGGAGCGUCCGUGAGCAAGCCAGAGCUAACGGGACAUGACAGCCCGAAGCUCAUUGUCUCCCAUUUAAUCCUGUCCCAUCAGAAGAGCUCCUCUCUCGGCUCUGCAUGCUUCGAGAAGCUGGUAGUAGAAUCUUCGGUCGUUGGAGAGGAGGAACAGUUGCGCAAAAAUGCCAGUGAUUCUGGCAUCAACAUCGCGGGGUCAAGUAAUGCUGAGACCGCUCCUCCUGCCAACCCAGGGAUGUACCAACUGGACAUCACUCUAAAGAGGGGACACAACCUCGCCAUCAGGGACAGAGGAGGGACAAGUGAUCCGUAUGUGAAGUUUAAGAUUGCGGGAAAGGAGGUGUUCAGGAGCAGGACCAUCAAUAAGAACCUGAACCCGGUGUGGGACGAGAGGGUCAGCCUACUUGUGGACAGCCUCCGAGAACCUCUUUAUGUCAAGGUGUUUGACUAUGACUUCGGCCUUCAGGAUGACUUCAUGGGUUCUGCCUACCUCUACCUGGAGUCUCUGGAACACCAGAGGACCCUGGACGUGACCCUUGACCUCGAGGAUCCCCAGUACCCCGAACAUAACCUGGGAACUCUAGAGCUGGCAGUCACACUGUCACCCAAAGAGGGAGACUUCAGGGAAGCAACCAUGCAUUUGAAAAGAAGCUGCAAACGAUCCAGUAAGCAGCAGCAUUCGAGUAUGCGGUUGUCAGAUGUCCACAAGAAAGCUCAGCUGUGGAGAGGUAUAGUGAGCAUCAGUCUGAUCGAGGCUCAUGACCUCCAGCCUAUGGACGCCAACGGCUUCAGUGACCCCUACGUCAAGUUCAGACUGGGCCAUCAGAAAUACAAGAGCAAGACGAUACCCAAGACUCUGAACCCCCAGUGGAGAGAGCAGUUUGACUUCCAUCUUUAUGAGGAGCAGGGGGGCUUCAUCGACAUCACCGUCUGGGACAAAGACGCAGGCAAGAAGGACGACUUCAUGGGCAGGUGUUCGAUAGACCUGUCACCGCUCAGUAAAGAGCACACUCAUAAGUUUGACCUGCCGCUGGAGGAGGGCGAGGGCAUGCUGGUGCUGCUGGUCACCCUCACGGGGGCAGCUGCAGUGUCCAUCUCGGACCUGUCGGUCAACAUCCUGGACGACACACACGAGAGACACCAGAUACGACAGAGAUAUAGUGUGCUGAGGUCGUUCCACAACCUGAAGGAUGUGGGAGUGGUCCAGGUUAAGGUCAUCAGAUCAGAGGGGCUGAUGGCAGCAGACGUCACAGGGAAGAGUGACCCCUUCUGUGUGGUGGAACUGAGUAACGAUCGGCUACAGACACACACGGUCUACAAGAACCUCAACCCCGAGUGGAACAAGGUCUUCACCUUUAACGUGAAGGACAUCCACUCGGUGUUGGAGGUGACGGUGUACGACGAGGACCGAGACAGGAGCGCAGACUUCCUGGGUAAAGUGGCCAUCCCUUUACUAAACAUUCAAAAUGGUGAACGGAAAGCCUACGCUUUGAAAAGCAAGGAGCUGACAGGGCCAACAAAAGGGGUCAUCUUUCUGGAAAUAGACGUGAUUUUCAACGCUGUAAAGGCAGGUUUCAUGACGUUGAUACCCAAAGAGCAGAAAUACAUAGAGGAUGAGCCCAGAGUGUCCAAACAGUUGCUUCUGCAAAACUUCAACAGAGUGAGACGAUGCAUCCUGUUCCUCAUCAACGCCGGCUGCUACAUCAACAGCUGCUUCGAAUGGGACUCAACUCAGAGGAGCAUCUGUUCCUUCCUGGUCUUUGUUCUGGUGGUGUGGAACUUUGAACUCUACAUGAUUCCUCUGGUUCUGUUGCUGCCGCUGGCCUGGAACUAUAUCCUCAUCUCUUCGGGGAAGGACACCAGGCAAGAUGUUCAAGCGAUGGAGGACUUGCUGGAGAAUGAGGAUGAGGACUAUGACAAAGAUGACAAGGACCCGGAGAGAAAGGGCUUCAUCAACAAGCUGUAUGCCAUCCAGGAUGUGUGCAUCAGUGUGCAAAAUGCCCUGGAUGAAGUGGCAUCCUAUGGCGAAAGGAUAAAGAACACCUUUAACUGGACAGUGCCUUUCCUAAGCUGGCUGGCCAUCGUGGCUCUAUGUGUGGCCACUGUUCUCAUCUACUAUAUCCCCCUACGCUACAUCGUCCUGGCCUGGGGGGUGAAUAAAUUCAGCAAGAAGCUCCGUGACCCGUAUACCAUUGACAACAACGAGCUCUUGGACUUCCUGUCCAGAGUCCCCUCAGAUGUUCAAGUGGUGCAGUACCGAGAGCUGAAAGUGGAUCCCAGUCAUAGUCCAAAUAAAAGAAAGAAAAACAACCCGGGAUAACUGGCUUUGCCCACCCACGGAAUCUUCCCUCCCUCACCCGUCCAACGCCAAGAAGCAGAGAAACACUGGUUUGAACCAGCUGAACACUCUCCCUCUCUCUCUCUCUCUGUCUCUCUCUCUCUGUCUCUCUCUCUCUGUCUCUCUCUCUCUCUGUCUCUCUCUCUCUCUCUGUCUCUCUCUC